CGCCGCCGCCUCCUCGCAGGCUGUGGUUUCUGUAUAUGUUUCUGGAGUCCUGAGCCUGAGCUAAACAAAAGCAGGAGGCUGACGGGGCCGCCGGAGUUUGCAGAGACGCGGAGGAGGAGAGAGCCGGUGCUUUGCCUGCCGGCGGCCGGGGGAUCUGGCUUUGGCCACAGCCCACCCCCUUUGAGAUCACUCUGGCCCGGAGUGGGGGCGGGGGGCAGCGGGGGGUGGGGGGAAAGUUUGCCUCGCAAUCCCCCCGCCUUCCUCUCCUUUCUCCCGAUCAAUGCAUAUUUGCAAAAGGAUUAAGCCACAGAUUUAAGCGCCGGGAGCCCAUUUCUGCCUUGCACUGGAGAUCGGACUGAAAACCAAAAGCCAGCUCUGGUUUCUUUUCGCCAAGUGGGAAGGUGGUUUAUUUUUCUUGCUUUUUGGAGUCAACACCCUUCCCCAUCAGCUCUUAUCCCCACCCUCACCCCGCAACCCCCUCACGCCCCCUCCCCCUCCCCGCUCUCCAUCCUCCCACCAGCCUCCAAAGAGGCAGAGGGAUUUUUUUUUUUUUCUUUUGGUCUUCUUUCCCCGUCCCUGAUUAUCCUGAAAAGGAUCUGAAGGCAGCUUGAAGGAUCAGAAGCCUCGGUGCUCCCGGAGCCGAGCCGCGGAGCAGCGCCGAGAGCCGGGCUGCCAGCCUUCGGAGAUGGACGAGCAGCCCCGGCUGAUGCAUUCCCACGCCGGGGUCGGGAUGGCCGGGCACCCCGGCCUGUCCCAGCACUUGCAGGACGGGGCCGGCGGGGCCGAGGGGGAGGGCGGGAGGAAGCAGGACAUCGGAGACAUCUUACAGCAGAUCAUGACCAUCACCGACCAGAGUUUGGACGAGGCGCAGGCCAGAAAACAUGCUUUAAACUGCCACAGAAUGAAGCCUGCCUUGUUUAAUGUGUUGUGUGAAAUCAAAGAGAAAACAGUGUUGAGCAUCCGGGGAGCCCAGGAGGAGGAGCCCACGGACCCUCAGCUGAUGCGCCUGGACAACAUGCUGCUGGCCGAGGGGGUGGCCGGGCCCGAGAAGGGCGGUGGGUCUGCGGCAGCAGCAGCAGCUGCCGCAGCCUCUGGAGGGGCGGGCUCAGACAACUCGGUGGAGCACUCCGACUACAGGGCCAAGCUGUCGCAGAUCAGGCAGAUCUACCACACGGAGCUGGAGAAGUAUGAGCAGGCCUGCAAUGAGUUCACCACCCACGUGAUGAACCUCCUCCGAGAGCAGAGCCGGACCAGGCCCAUUUCCCCAAAGGAGAUCGAGCGGAUGGUCAGCAUCAUCCACCGCAAGUUCAGCUCCAUCCAGAUGCAGCUCAAGCAGAGCACGUGCGAGGCCGUCAUGAUCCUGCGUUCCCGGUUUCUAGAUGCGCGGCGGAAGAGACGGAAUUUCAACAAGCAAGCCACGGAGAUCCUGAACGAGUACUUCUAUUCCCACCUCAGCAACCCUUACCCCAGUGAGGAAGCAAAAGAGGAGUUAGCCAAGAAGUGUGGCAUCACGGUCUCGCAGGUAUCAAACUGGUUUGGAAAUAAGAGAAUCCGGUACAAGAAGAACAUAGGUAAAUUUCAAGAGGAAGCCAAUAUUUAUGCUGCCAAAACGGCGGUCACUGCCACCAACGUGUCAGCCCACGGAAGCCAAGCUAACUCGCCCUCCACCCCCAACUCCGCUGGUUCUUCCAGUUCUUUUAACAUGUCAAACUCUGGAGAUUUGUUCAUGAGCGUGCAGUCACUCAAUGGGGAUUCUUACCAAGGGGCCCAGGUUGGAGCCAACGUGCAAUCACAGGUGGAUACCCUUCGCCAUGUUAUCAGCCAGACAGGAGGAUACAGUGACGGACUCGCAGCCAGUCAGAUGUACAGUCCGCAGGGCAUCAGUGUAAGAAAACAAGGCUAAUGGAGGUUGGCAGGAUGCUACUACCCCUUCAUCAGUGACCUCCCCCACAGAAGGACCUGGCAGCGUGCACUCCGAUACCUCCAACUGAUCUCCCGCCAUCACACCCGCUGGCCCCGGGCCCCCUGGGGCAGGGGCCGGAGGGAGGGCUUCUCUCCCCACACUGGCGCCGUCAGACGGGGGUCGAAGCAAUCAGCAAACACAAUACGAGUCUCCUCUCCUGUCUUCUUUGGGAUGCUCUCUCAGCCAAUCUGGACACUUCUUUAUACUCUCUUCCCUUCGUUUCUGGGUAGACGCGCCCCUCCCUGCCUCCAGCUGCCGGCCUGGCUUCCUGCCCCCUCCCUCUGUCCUAGGCUCCCCGGGUCCCUGCCCUCUAGUACAUCACUGACGGAUACUUUCAACAAUUAGAGGAAUUUGAAAGGAAGCAAAUUACAAAGAAAAUAAUAAAAGCGCUUGUCUGUCUUCA